AUGGCAUCCUCGGUUCUUCCAGUCGCUUUACAAAAUAAGCUGCUGGGAUACAGCAGAGCUCCUAAUGCGCAGCUGGCGGCGUUGAAUUUGGAGAUUCUUAAAAACAUUGUAUUCUUAGUUUUUAUUCUUCGCUACGUUCGCAAGACGUUCUAUUCUUUACGCGGUUAUGGUGUCCUCGGUAGCAUCCGAAAUCUCUACGCCGCGGUCCGUCUCUUCUGCUACUCCAUAUUCCUGCGCUUCCCCGGUGUCCGAGGUCAGGUCGACAAGCAGGUUUCGUCAGCAAUUGAAAACCUGGAGACAAAGCUUGUUGCAACCGGCCCUGGUGUCACGAGAUAUUUAAAUCUGCCUAAAGAGGGAUGGACCCCCGAACAGAUCCGCGCUGAGCUUGAGAAGCUGGCAAAUAUGGAGCAUACCCGGUGGGAAGAUGGUCGCGUCAGCGGUGCUGUGUAUCACGGUGGACAAGAUCUUCUGAAGCUCCAGGCGGAGGCGUUUGGGCAGUUUGGAGUCGCCAACCCCAUCCACCCGGAUGUUUUCCCUGGUGUCAGGAAGAUGGAAGCUGAAGUUGUGGCUAUGGUACUUGCGCUAUUCAAUUCUCCGGCUGAUGGUGCUGGUGUUACUACGAGCGGUGGCACUGAAUCUAUCCUGAUGGCCUGUUUGGCGGCGCGGCAAAAGGCGUACGCUGAACGCAGAAUAACAGAGCCGGAAAUGAUCAUUCCCGAUACCGCUCAUGCUGCUUUUUACAAGGCUUCCGAAUACUUCGGAAUCAAACUGCAUCGCGUACCCUGUCCAGCUCCCGAGUAUAAAGUCGAUAUUCCUGCGGUGCGUCGCUUGAUCAACCCGAACACUGUCCUCCUCGUUGGUUCCGCGCCAAACUUCCCUCAUGGCAUUGUUGAUGAUAUUCCUGCCUUGUCCCGACUUGCCACAGCGUACAAGAUCCCUCUGCAUGUUGAUUGCUGCUUGGGCUCCUUUGUAAUUGCGUUCCUCAAGAAGGCCGGCUUCCCAUCUCCCUAUGAGGAGGAGGGUGGAUUCGACUUCCGCCUCCCUGGUGUGACCAGCAUCAGUGUAGACACCCAUAAAUACGGAUUCGCGCCAAAGGGCAACUCCGUGGUGCUCUACCGAAACCGGACCUACCGCAGCUAUCAGUAUUUCGUCUAUCCUGACUGGUCCGGUGGUGUCUAUGCAUCUCCAUCUGUGGCAGGAUCUCGGCCAGGUGCUCUUAUCGCGGGUUGCUGGGCCAGUUUGAUGAGUGUUGGAGAAUCCGGUUACAUCAAGAGUUGCCUUGACAUCAUGGGUGCAGCAAAGAAGUUCGAGGCAUCUAUUAGAGAGCACCCACUCCUAUCGAAAAACCUUGAUGUUGUUGGAAAGCCCAUGAUCAGCGUUGUUGCUUUCCAGAGCAAAAACGGCGCCGUUGACAUCUACGAUAUGGCCGAUGCUUUGUCCGCCAAGGGCUGGCAUCUCAACGCUCUCCAAUCGCCUGCAGCGAUUCAUGUAGCGUUUACUAUUCCUACAGCCUCUGCUAUUGACCAACUCACUACUGACCUCAUUGAGGUUGUCGAGAAGGAAUUGGAUAAGGCAGAGGAGAGGAAGCGGCAAGGAAAGUCGUAUAUCAUCAAGCGUGGUGAUACGGCUGCCUUGUAUGGCGUAGCCGGCAGUAUGCCCGAUAAGAGUAUUGUCAGUCGUCUGGCCGAGGGCUUCCUGGACACUCUGUAUAAAGCCUAG